CUCAGCCGGAGCGGGCCCGCCACCGGUCCGACACCGUCCGCACGGAGUCUCCUGUCGGCGGCGCCCCGGAGCUGCCGGGCUGCCCGAUGCUUCCGCCCCGGCUGCCGCGGGCCAGGCUGUACGCUGAGUGCCCGGCUCAGGCCCCCUGAAGCGCCCGCGGGGGUGAGAGCGGCCUGGGGCCCCGCGGAGACGGAGCGGCUGGAGAACGAGGCGGCGGCCGCGGGGAGGAGGAUGGGGGCUAACCAGUUAGUGGUGCUCAACGUGUACGACAUGUACUGGAUGAAUGAAUACACCUCAUCCAUUGGAAUUGGAGUUUUUCAUUCAGGAAUUGAAGUAUAUGGCAGAGAAUUUGCUUAUGGUGGCCAUCCUUACCCCUUUUCUGGAAUAUUUGAAAUUUCCCCAGGAAAUGCUUCUGAACUAGGAGAAACAUUUAAAUUUAAAGAAGCUGUUGUUUUAGGGAGCACUGACUUCCUAGAAGAUGAUAUUGAAAAAAUUGUAGAAGAACUGGGAAAAGAAUAUAAAGGCAACGCUUAUCACUUGAUGCAUAAAAACUGCAAUCACUUUUCUUCAGCUUUAUCAGAGAUUCUCUGUGGGAAAGAGAUUCCUCGCUGGAUCAAUCGACUUGCCUACUUCAGCUCCUGCAUACCCUUUCUACAGAGUUGCCUCCCGAAGGAGUGGCUCACGCCCGCCGCCCUGCAGUCCAGCGUCAGCCAGGAGCUCCAGGACGAACUGGAGGAGGCAGAGGAUGCUGCCGCAUCCGCUUCCAUGGCGAGCGCUGCCGCGGGCUCCAGAUCGGGGCGCCACACUAAACUAUAAAUGUCUCCAAAGUCACACUUUCAGAACUGUCUCUGGCAGUUGAAUAUCAAUAGGGAAAAGUAAACAGUAAGCGUCCUUUGGAUAUUUUGUAUGCAAAGAUGACUCUCCCCAAAUCCCAGUUUUUCAGCUCAGGAUUAUAUUUGUAAUCAAAUCACUUGGCGCAGGAGGGAGAACUUUGUACGAAGCUGCCCUCUGUUUUUUUUACCCACUUGUAAAUUUGGAUUUACUUCUUCUGUUUUAUACAAGCUCUGUUAAGUUAUGUUUACAGUAUUUUGUAUCGCUGUUUACAAAUCUUGCAUGGACUCCUGCCACCGUGAAAGAAGAAAAUCUUCAUGUCUUCAAAAAUUAGGCAGGUCAUCUUUGUACACUUCUGACAAUUGCCAGAGCUGUGGCAUAAAUAAUAGGCACACAAAAAGGUACUUACCCAGCUACAGUCGUCAUUAUCUGCUUAAGAAUUGUCUGUUAGAUUUCUGUUUUGUUAAUGUCGGUGGCACCAGGAUGCAGAGAGCCAGCUGGCCUGCGGUGAAGGAGCACACACAGCCCCGAGGGCUUGGGACCCUGGGUCCAGGUCCUCCUCGCACUCCUGCCACACUGAGUAGCACGUCUCCCACGGAACGAUCAGUUCCACCCCGAAUAUCCGUCCGUGUAGGCAGGGUGGUAUACUCUUACGUCUUUCUGGCUUUGCUGCCUCUCGUUCUACAAUUAUGUUUUUGUUAAAGAUAUUCUUGUUAGUAACUGACAAGUGUUUUUGCACAUGUUUGGGGGGAGGCGCUACAUUCUUAUUUUAAUACACAUUGGUUUCCUCCCUGCACAGGACUUCGUUGGUGGUGUAGGAAUAUCCUAAGUGGUAGCCUUCUGAGUAGCAGUAUGAGUUGACAUUCAACUGCUUUUAACUAUUCAGGCUACCUUUUUUUAUACUAGACCUUGAAAACCAGAGUCUAAAGCAACACACCCCCAAAAGGUAAUGCUUUGAUAUUUCAUACUUUUUAUGUACCAUAUCAGAGUAUGUCAGAGCUUGUUAAUUUGUUACAGGAGUCGUUUCACCUCCUAAUAGAAUGCUUAGUCUUGUGGACAUCUUGUUACAUUUGUGUGUCUUAAAUUUCAUCUUAUGUUCUCAAAUGUAUGUCUCUUACAUAGCGUACUCUAAGAAUGAAAUUGUUACCACAGAUAAAUCCUCAUUAGCAAGGAAUCUGUCUGUUCGUCUACUCUGUUUGACCCUUGGAUGUAAGAAUCAAGUCAUUACAAGUCAUUCAGUUUUUCUGCCUUAAGAAUGAAUGUCCUACACAAAAUAAUGGAUGCAGUAUACAAAUUAUCCAAGGCAGUGACUUUAGCUUCAUAUAUAUGUUGUUAGUUUUAAAGUUAUUUACAUUUAUUUAAACGUUUAGAUGGGAUUGUUUGCCAUUGCUCUGUGUGAAGAUACAUAUCUUUCAGUACACUACGUUUUUAACUUUUCCAUAAGCUGAUUUUCAUUCAUCUUAUCAACUUAAGCACACCCUGUUCAUAGGGAAAAUAAAGCUUGGGUUAUAAGCAUUGGCCUCAGGACAGUGAAGCCACUUAACCUAAUUUAUGAUUUUGACCGUCCUGUUUCCAGAGAGGAAAGCCUUGACAAAUUUCUCUCAGUUCUUUAGGGAGCAGAACACUUGUUUUAAAAGUUGUGAUAGAAAGAAGGAAGGAACAUAUGAACUUUAUGAAAUGUUGACUUGGUUCAGAUCUCAAAGUGAGAUUUGGGGCAAAACACUAAGGCUCUAGCAGUGAGAUGUUCACUAAAGAGAGUCCUCUCACCAAAACACAGGUUAGCAGAGAGUGUUUGAUGUAGUUAAUGUGGAUUAUAGUUUUUUUCUAAUUCAUUCGAAUAUACAUGAUUUAAACCUGAGCUGCUGACACAAAAGGGUAGCCAUUACUUAGACACUUCUUGGCGAAUAUCCAGGAACAUCCCAUCUGUGCUAUCCAGAAUCCAGCAACUCAGCACACAGAUGAUUUUAUUGUUAAUUUGUUUUUACUUUCAUCGGCAGCAUUUAGAAUUUAAAAAUACUGUAAAGGGUUCUAGUAGAAAUAGUGUCGUAAGGCCAGUUAUCCUAACAAUCAGCAGAUAAAAUUCUGGACAUGAGAUUCCUUGCAAUCUAAUUAUACCUGAGGUUGAGAAAUAAAUGUCUUCCUUCAGAAAAUCCCAUUCAAGUCAGGCCUUCUCUACAGUUCAAAAUUGAGAGUAGAUUUCAUCAGCAUUUAACCAGCUUUUACUUGCCCUUGGAGGAAAAGAAUCUUGUUCUCAACUUGAUUUCUGUUAAGAAAAAUCCUGUAUCAAAAAUCUGGUCAUACACACGUGAUAUGAUGGAGUCUAUUUGUUGUAACCAAGUUGAAACAUCCUCAUGGUGGGCUGGACAGUAAUGUAGUGUUAAAGGGGCAGAAGCUUCUGGUUUCUGCUGUUUUAAAUACCCUUGGGGUGUUUUUUUUGUUUUUUUUUUUUAACCCUUCCAAGGGAGCAUCAGCUUUGGAAAGUGUGACUUGUGGGACCGUGGAGGGAAGUGGUGUACAAUCUCAGCCUCCACUUAAUGCCUGAACUCCAGCCAACUAUUGCUCCGGCUCACAGCAAUAGUGCACGUUACCCAUCACCAGCAUUUGUACAGAGCAGGGAAUUCUGGUUUCAGUCGGUCGGUGCAUCGUGUGUGUGAGGAGAUUCAACACGACAGACAGCUGCGGGACUCUGGAUCCAUGGCUUCUUUCCAUCGCAAAACGGGUAGAAACACAUUCACUGCUUCAGGGUUCUAAUCUGUGCGUCUCCUUAUGGCUCCAUUUCUGUAAGAUACUCUGUAGUUUUGAUAUAUGCUGUAUUUUCGUUAAAUGAUUAAGUUUCGAAGACUCGGGGUUUUUGUUCAGCAAGCUGGCCAUACUGCCAUCGCAUCCCCUUUUCUUUGGUAUGGUUGGUUUUAGGGCGCAGCUCAAUUAUUAGACUUUGUCUACUCGUUCAAUACUCAUCUUCGCUGUUUGAAGGGUGUUACAGCUGUCAAAGAAUCUUCGUGGACCUGAAGAUAAUUUCUUGUGAAGUUGAAUGCAAGUGUACUGUCAUUCAUAGUGUUUAUAUAAAAAUACCAGGAAUCUUCACUUUUGCUACCUUGAUAUAGCAUUGGGCUAUCAUGUUACAACAUUGAAAUACAUUGAUUUAUUAAAAAAUACUUUUAUAAGAAA